GAGCGGGCGGGCCACUCGGGGCAGGAAGGUGAGACCCGGGACCUGCUCGUCUUAGCAGGCGGUCUUGGCCGGCAGCCCUCGUGGGCGCUGCGCUCGCGACGUUGCAGGGUGGCGAGGUUCCGCUCAGGCGCCACCUGCGUAGGUCUGAUCGCGGCAGGGGGCGGGGCCGGGGCGGCGAGGCCCCAGUGACCCGGUGCUUCCCGCCGGGCCAAGGGACCCAGCCUGGGGCUCGGAGCAGGGCCGGGCCGCCUCGUGACCGCCGCAGUCACGCCGUCCUUAAUCACCACCAGCCUGUGCGCCAGGCUGGCCACGCUCGCCCUCCCCCAAGCCAGGCGACCCAGGGGAUUUUUGUGGUGGCUUGUUCUGAAAUGCCAAAGCCACCCGAUUAUUCAGAACUGAGUGACUCUUUAACGCUUGCCGUGGGAACAGGAAGAUUUUCGGGACCACUUCACAGAGCAUGGAGAAUGAUGAAUUUCCGUCAGCGGAUGGGAUGGAUUGGAGUCGGACUCUAUCUGCUAGCAAGUGCAGCAGCAUUUUACUAUGUUUUCGAAAUCAAUGAGACUUACAACAGACUGGCUUUGGAACACAUUCAACAGCACCCAGAGGAGCCCCGGGAAGGAACUACAUGGACACAUUCCUUGAAAGCUCGGUUACUUUCCCUGCCUUUUUGGUUGUGGACAGUUAUUUUUCUCAUACCUUACUUACAGAUGUUUUUGUUUCUUUAUUCUUGUACAAGAGCUGAUCCCAAAACUGUGGGCUACUGUAUCAUCCCCAUAUGUUUGGCAGUUAUUUGCAAUCGCCAUCAGGCUUUUGUCAAGGCUUCUAAUCAGAUCAGCAGACUCCACCUGAUUGACACAUGAACUCUGUCCGUUUUUCUUUAUGAUUACAAAACUGCCAGUACUUUAUGGAGUCUGAUCACAAGACUGCAGUUUCUCCACAGAUCUCAGGAAAUUGUGGUAGGGUAGAGGUUUUUUAAAUGUGACAUGGAAUUAUAUCUGUUUUUGUCGGUCGUGGGGCUUGAACUCUGGGCCUGGGCACUGUCCCUGCGCUCUUCAGCUCAAAGUGAAUGCUCUACCACUUGAGCCACAGCACCACUUGUGGAAUUAUAUCUGAAUAAUGACUUUUUAGGUAAAGCCUGGCCUGACAUAACAUACAAAAUCAUGUCAGUGACUUCAGAUUUUGGAAGUAAUAUUGUCUUUGUUAUUUUCAGUCCUUAGAAACUUGAAUAAGUAUCUGAACUCAUGUUUCUGCUCUACUGUACAACAUAGUGGUGAUUCAUAAAUUUUUCCUUUGGGGGGAAAAUAUGAACAUUCCCAUUGUGUUGUGUUAAAAGGUCCAACCAUGGUCAUAAAAUUUAUACAAUUA